AACAUCUCGUUUCUUAUAGUUAAUUAUUAAUACUAAUAUAAGAAAUAGAAUCCUCCUAUCAAAUUUAAGGAAUAAACUUAUCAUACAUCAUUUCAAUUUAAAUGAACUUAAACCAAGGAUGGGCUCAAACCAAACACAACCGUAGUGGUAAUUCUGUUCAUUCUUUCAUCGGUAUCACCUUCCGGAGCUGAUGUAGCAAGACGGAGAAAGUAGCACUCGAUACGAGAACACAUCGAGCGACUCUGUUUAUAUCAGAAUCGCGCCAACGCGUCGCCGGCAGCGUCGUCUCGUGUGGGUCGCGGUCGCGACCAAGCGACGACGGCGAGGGAGGGAAUGUACGCCGCUGUCCCCCACUCUCCUCCCCACUCCCACCGCAGUCCAUCGACAGUGGAGGGUUCCCGGAAGCAAAGCGCCAGCGGCAGGUAAGCAGAAGCCUGGCUAGCUGGCCUCUGGUAUGUGGUUGGCUCAAGGAUUACAGGAUUUCAAUCAGUAACAAUCAAGUAUGAGGAAGGAACAACAACGGGUGUCCAAGCUUGGGUGGUUGGCUUGCCGGUUACAGCAAGUCAAUUAGUAACUACAGAUGGGAGGAAGGCGACCGACGGUAUGGCUGACAUGAGACCCUGUCUAACUCAUGUUUCUUCCUUCCUUCCCUCAUCAGCCGUCCCGUCGAUCGGGCAAAUAAAGUUGCGCCUAGGGAGGAAGGAACCAGGCGGCAGGCUGCCCGUGCCGACGUGGAUCGGGCCAGAGCUAGGUAAGUGCACCUGUGGGCUGUGGUCGGCAGGCGAUCGAAGGUGAGUGAGCCGGUGAGCCCCGCCAUGCACUGACGGAGUCACUGCCGACUCUCGUCGUCCGAUCUCUUUUUACUGUGGACGAAUGGGUGCGUGCAGCCUAUCUGCCUAUGGGAAGCGAGAGGGGGCCCGGGACUGGGUUGAGCACCUUGUGCGCAAAGGCAUGGUGGCGUCUGGGGCCGGCUGCAGGCGUGUGCGCACCUGCACGAGCGUGCAGUCGCGGCGCGUGGCUGCAGUUUGGUGUGCCUGGGACGGGGACUCGUGCCGUGUGUCCUGCGCGAGGUGGUUUUGCGGCUGGCUGACGGAAUGGUUGAUGGAAUCCUUGCGUAAGGACGCAACUGAGAGGUAAGCCCCCCUCGUCCCCGUCCCCCGUGGGAAACGGGAGUGCCAAAGCCUUGUGGCACACCAAACUGUAGCUUUUGAUCGUGCAUGGUGGGGCGCCUACCUGAUGCUACGCAAACUUUUGUGUCGCAGCUUCAGUUACCCUGAAGAGCAGGGCAAGCUAGCAAAAGGUGAAAGCGUUUGGUCACGUAGAAUCCAUACAGGUCAUACAUAUAUAGCAGUCGCAACUCGCAACUCGCACGUAGAGCGUAGAGGUUCAAAUCUGAGCCUUAGUUCAGAAUGCAGCUUCAGUUUGGGAGUUCGUUCGUGCAUAGCAGGCCCUAUAGCUGGGGUUAGUCGUGUGCAAGGAUUCUCCAUGUGGACAACACAACACAAGCAAGCAAGCUAAUAUAAGGUUGGAUUUAAAAGUCGCAGAACAAUUCAUGACGUGCUUGGAAAACGUUGGUAGCGUCUUUUAAUGCUUGAUCUAAAGGCUAAGUUAUCAUCCAUGGGCUAGGUUUGUUUGUUAGUAUUACCCUGUCCAGUGCAAGGGCAGGUAGGAGGUAGAGAGAGACCGAGCAAGUACUAACCUUUCAUGGCCCCGGUCUGCCCCCCAGCUCCCUCUUUCCCUUGGGGGCCGCUGUGUGCUCCGUCGCCAUCGCGGGGGAUAAAAGGAAAAGGCUCCGAGGAAACAGUAUAAAAGCGCCCCCGGCACGCACGCACGCACGCAGGCUCACUCCACGCAGCAGUUGCCAGGCGCUUGUCACUCCAGCCAGCGGCAGCCCUUUUCCUUGGCGAGGCUUGGUUUAGUUUAGCCCGCCUGCGGUCUGCCGCCUGCCAAGUGCCACCUGAGACCUGAUAGCCGCAACCGUGAGAGGCUGGUAGCCCGUAGCCGGCAUCCCUCGCCCUCGACCCAUUUGAACAGGGCCUCGAGCUUUGCCUCUGCUGCUGCUCGCUUGAUCCGUCUCUUGCCGUAGUAUACUACGCGUGCUCGAUCGGCGGCGGCGGCUCUACGACCCGCGGCCGGGAUGGGUCGGCAGCCGUGCUGCGACAAGCUGGGGGUGAAGCGGGGGCCGUGGACGGCGGAGGAGGACCGCAAGCUCAUCAACUUCAUCCUCACCAACGGCCAUUGCUGCUGGCGCGCGGUGCCCAAGCUCGCCGGCCUGCUGCGCUGCGGCAAGAGCUGCCGCCUGCGCUGGACCAACUACCUCCGCCCGGACCUCAAGCGCGGGCUCCUCACGGACGCCGAGGAGCAGGUCGUCAUCGACCUCCACGCCAAGCUCGGCAACAGAUGGUCGAAGAUUGCUGCCAAGCUACCGGGCAGGACUGACAACGAGAUCAAGAACCACUGGAACACGCACAUUAAGAAGAAGCUGAUCAAGAUGGGCAUCGAUCCAGUCACGCACGAACCCCUCGACCGGAAGACAACCAGCAGCGGCCCGGCUACAACCUCUCAGUCAACCAAGUCUGACGAGGCGACCAAGGAGCAGAGCCCGCAGAACGACGACGCCGUGAUAAGGGACGUGCCGGCCGAUGGUUGCAGCCCGACGGAAUCGAGCACGAACACCGUGAGCACCGGCGGAAGCAGCAGCAGUGGUGGCGGCGGCCAUGACCAAGACCCGCUGGUGAAGUGGCUUUUGGAAGAGGAGCCUGCCACCGGCGACGAGGCGUGGCUGAACUUCACUGGCAGUGUCGACGUGGACGAGUUCAGCAGCAUUGCCGCCGGUCCGGAGUUGUUGCCGUGGGAUGGCGCGACCGACUGGCUGCUCGACUACCAAGAUUUUGGAUUGGGGGACUCGAGCUUGGUCGAUGGCUACAUGGUCAACAACAACAGCUCAAACGGAGCAAAGUUCUAGCUAGCUAGCCGAAGAUGUCAUCUCAUCUGCUUGUGUUGCUUUGCUGCCAGUGAACGUAGAUACGUAAGUAAUAAAAGCAUUGGUAUCGAGGUUGUCAAAGGUGGAUGACCACAUCGCAGGAAGAUCAUGAAGAGUCCUUGCACGCACUCCUGUAUCUCGAACCAACUAACGGCUGGGAUGCAAUUGAGAAGGGGAGGAGCACAGGCCAAUCAAUCUCAAAGAGAUAAAACUGGUUCUUGAAGAUCUCGAAGAAAGAUGUGUUUCUUCACAAUCACAAAGAGAGGUUGUAGAAGUUCUUGCUGUUGUAUACAUGGUUGCGUAUAUAUUGCUAAAUUGUACCUUGUUAGGCCAUUUUGUUCGCAAAUUGCACGAGUCACUAAUUAGUCAGCAAAAAUGUGUGCAUAAAGAAGAGCAGUUGAAAUCGCCUCUUUGUACGUUGUGGGUGACGUUCUUUUAGUUACGUUGUGGAUGACGUUGAUGCAUUUAUAGGGUAUUUGGUUUGAGGAAUAAGUUAUCUGGUUUGUAGAA